AUGGGGGAGAAAUCCAGAUUCAAACCAGGUUCAGAUCUUAACAUCAUCAUUAUGGCAGCCGAGCUUCUCCAGGUCGCUGGAGGCAGAAUGGAGCAGCAUAUGUCAGAGAUGCAGAUGUCUUCUUCCACCUUGACCUCGUCCAUGAGCUCCAGCAAGUUCAGAAAAGUGGUUCAGAGCUUGUCGAAGACCACAGACGAGCACUCCGGUGUGGAGCAUAAAACCUCAGCUGCAGUGGAGUCCUUCAGCCAGGUUCAGAAACCCCCCGAUAUUCCAGAUUUUGAGGAGAAGCUACGCCCCAUCACAGCCAGAUUAAGAGACUUGUGGAAGAUAGCCUGUCACAGUAACAAGGCAGUGUUUAAGAUAAAGGUGACAGGGAAUCCUCAGCCCAGUGUUAGCUGGGAGCAGGACAACGGAAGCCCACUGCCUGAUGCCACUACAUCUUUCUAUGACAACAUUACCAAUCAACAUAUACUUAAGUUUAAAAACCUGAGCCUGGAGGAUGCGGAUGUCUACAAGUGCAUUGCCUCCAACAAGCAUGGAGAAGCCACCUUCUCUGUUUCCCUCACCGUUACAGAAAAUCCGGCGAUGGACUUCAAAAAGAUGCUGAAGAAACGAGCUCCGCUUGUGGAGAAGAAAGAGGAGAAGAAGCCACCUACAGAGGAGGAGAUGUUAAAGAUCCUGGCUGGAGCUGACAGGAAGGACUACGAGAGGAUCUGUGCCGAGUACGGCUUCACCAACUUCAGAGGCAUCCUCAAGAAGCUGAAGGAGAUGAAGAAGAAAGCGGAGGUGGAGAUGGUGCGUGUGCUGAAGCCUCUGGAAGACAUCAGUGUCAGAGCUGACAGCAACGUCGUCUUUGACACCAUCCUGGAACUGAAGGAUCCAAACAUCAGGAUGCACUGGUUCCUGGGUGCAGAGCUGCUGAGAAUCCAGUACUCUCAAGGGAAAUACGAAGUGAAACAGAUGGGAACCAAACACAUGUUAUGCAUCUCUAGUGUGGGCCUCAGUGACAUGGGCACCUACAGUCUGCAGGUUGGAGACAAGAGACUGUCAGCCCAGCUUAACGUCAUAGAUGAACCUCUUAAAUUCUUGUCUGACUUCAAGCCGAAGAAAGUGACGGAGCGACAGACUGCUGCGUUUGAGGUCCGUCUUUCCAAGAAGACAGAUGCACCUCUCGUCUGGAAGGUAAAAGGAAAGGAAGUAAAAAGAGACGAAAAGUUUGAUGUGUCUCUGUCUGAAGAUGGUCUGACCUACACCUUGAAGAUUAAAGAUGUGAAAGUCAGUGACACCGGAGAUUACACCAUCAGCAUCAGAGACCUCACCGCCACAGUGCCUCUCUUCAUUGAACGGAUUCCCAUCAAGUUCACCAGCAGCUUGAAGAAUGUCCGUGUGCAGGAGAGAGGCAACGCUCGCCUGGAGUGUGAGAUGAGCUCCAAGGACGUGCACCUUCGCUGGCUGACGGAUGGGCGUGAUAUCACAGGAGAUCAUCGCUACGUCUUCAUGCGGGAGGGAAAGAGGGCAGAGGUCAUCCUGGAGGACUGUCACCUGGCAGAUGAAGGACAAUACUCUGUAAUCUGCACUCAGGACAAUGAUGAACAGCAAUACGUCACUUCUGCUAAUCUCACUGUAGAUGAGCGCUUUGCCUCAGUGAAGAGUGGUAUGUCGGAUGCUCAGUGUGCCACAGGCUCUCCUGCAGAGCUGUGUGUCGUCCUUGAUGAUGUGAAGGUGGAUGGAGUUUGGCUGAAGGAUGGAGUGGAGAUCUCUCAGCUGAGCGGGGUUCAGGUGGGGAAACAAGGAGCCAUCCACAAACUCAUCUUUUCUGGUGUGACUGAGUCUCACGAGGGCAAGUACACCUUCAGAGCCAAAGGAGCAGAGAGUGAGGCUGUGCUCAGCAUUGCAGACCCUCCAGAGAUUGAUCCCUCUGUUCUGGACUUGUUGGGGACCCAACCUGUGACUGUAAAGGCAGGCCAGACAGCCACCAUUAAGAUCCCCUUCAAGGGCAAACCGCCUCCAAAGGUCACCUGGUGAAAGGACAGAGUGGAGGUGAUGGAGGAUGAGAGGACGAAGGUGGAGCGGACAGCUGAUGGAACCUCGCUGGUGCUGAACAGAUGUGUGCGAGAAGACAGCUGCGCAAUUAUGCUCCGUCUAAAGAGUGACUGUGGUACUGCUGUCGCCAACCUGCAGCUCAGUGUGAUCGACCAUCCAAAGCUUCCUCAGGGGAAAGUUGAGUUUCCUGAGCCGUCAGGAAGAUGUAUCAGGAUGAAGUGGAAGGCUCCUCGUGACAACGGUGGUAAACAGGUGACCAGCUUCAUGAUUGAAAGGCGUCCAGCAGGUAAGAAGUCCUGGACCAGGGUGGGAGAGGUGGACGGCAGCACCACCGUGUUCAGUGAUGGCAAAGUGGAAGAAGGCCAAGCGUACCAGUUUCGCAUCAGGGCUGUGAAUGCAGAGGGACUGAGUGAGCCUCUGGAGACAGAGGAGGUCCGUGCAGGAGAGCCCAUAGGUGAAAGAUCAUUCAAACUGCAGAUUAUCAUCAUCAGUGCUGACAUGAAUAUCAUACAUCUAGGUACAAAUGCCAGAAAGCUUAAAAGACAUGUGAGGUUCGACAUUUCCAACCCUGUAGAAGCUCCUGGUCUGGUGAGAAACCUCUGUGUGUCUGAUUCCACAAACUCCUCCAUUUCACUGAAGUGGACUCCUCCAGAGCAAGGAGACGAGCCCUCAGGUUACAUCCUGGAGCUCCGGCCUGAAGGAAUGAAAGAGUGGAUGAAAGCCACUAAGAUCCCCAUCAGUGGUGCUGCCUUCACGGUGGCAAGACUGCAGGAACGGAUGAAGUAUUACUUUCAUAUCUGGGCUGUUAAUGAAGGAGGGGUGGGAGAGCCUGUGGAGCUGUCGGAGGGUGUCUUGGCCAUGCCUCCACCUGCUGUACCCAGGUUUGAUCUCCAGGGAAAGCUGAAAAACUAUAUGGUUAUCCGAGCUGGAACAAAACUUUGCCUUAACCUCGGCUUCACUGCUUCACCUCCUCCUGUGCUGACCUGGUACAGGGACAACAUUCUCACUACAGGGAAAGAGGUCAUCACAAAGGGCAAGAACCACUCCCAGUUCCUAAUUUCUUCCUCUCGAUGAGCUGACUCAGGCAUCUACUGUGUUCACCUGAAGAAUGACUGUGGAGAGGCUUAUUAUGAUGUCAAUGUCAGGGUCUCAGACUUUCCUCGACCUCCAAAGAACCUCCUCCUGGAAGAGGAGGUCCCGGGUACGGUGACUCUGCAGUGGGAUCACACUCCAGACCUGGCUGACGACGAUGAUGGAGCUCAUUAUGUCAUCCUCAAACGAGACACAAGCACUGCCUCCUGGUUCACUGUGGCCGAGUCUGUCUUCAGCAGCAAGUACACUGUGACUGGACUUCUUCCAGGGAGAAAAUACUACUUCAGGGUCAUUGCACAGAACUCCAUCGGUGACAGCGAUCCCUUAGACUCAAAGGAACCCUUCAUCAUUGCCAAGGAGAAAAAGUGCAUCAGUAGCCUUCGGGUGAAGGAAUAUGCAUCACCACCACGUCAGGUGAAGCCUACUUUCCUGCUGCCGCUGAAGGACCAUGCUGUUUGUAGAGGACGUGACUGCACCAUGAGCUGUGCCUAUCAGGGACUACCAACACCACAGGCCUGCUGGUUUAAAGGGGAAUCCAAGAUCUCUGACUUCCCUCGGUUCUGGCACAGCACAGCCAGUGGAGUGUGUACGCUGGUCAUCCCCACAUGUGGAGCCACAGAUGGAGGAGAAUACACUCUGGUGCUGGAGAACCCUCCUGGCACAGCCAAGUGCUCCUGCAAACUGGUCAUAUAUGAUAAGGAUGACAAGGGUCUGCUGGAGAGCCUGACCAAUCAGGGAAACAAAGAGAAGCUUAUUUUGUAAAACGUCUGCAAGAACUGCAGAUGAGUCACUCCUUUCAUGCCUCAGUUAAUGUUGCCACUUGAAAUAAUUUAGGCGCUCGAUCCUUGAUUUUCUUUGAUUUCUGCUUGUAUUAGUUAAAAAAUGUGUUCUUCACCUCAUCCUUGCUUGUACUGUUGUUUUCUCAGCUCUGGUAAUACAUCAAAUGAACACAAGAGGUCAGACACGCUGCCAUUCUUGUGUCUUGCUUCAGGAGCAGAUUAAUGUUUGGUGUGUUGGGCAGAUUGUUUCUCAUUAGUCGGCUCAUUCAGCCAGAGAUUGUCCUCUCUAAGUCACAAAUGCUUUUCUCUAUAAAGAAAUGUGAAUUUCAUUUGUUUCUUUUUCUCCUGGAUUUCCACUUCUUCCCAAAUAACUCGCUUCACAAGACCUGCUGCAGACCACAUGCCUUAUAGAGUGUAAAAAAGAUUAAACGCCAGACUUAUUUGCUGUAACAGUGCACAGCUCACCGCAUCCACACAGCAAAUAGUCUGAGGAUGGUUUCCUGCCAAUCAUGCAACAAGUCAAAACCGAAAUCUCAUGUGUUUGAAUCCAGCUUUACACUGUGGCUGAUUUAAAAACAAGCCACAAAAAGUCAAUCUCACACAGACACAGGAAUUUUUAACUCUCCAUAACAUGCAGUGAGCCGCAACUGCAGUAAGAAGGACUCAUGAUCCUACUUUCCUGGUGUUUUUUGAGUACGACUAAAUUUGGAACUGAUGGAUAAAACCAUGAAAUUUCCCCAGUUGUUUACUUACAAUGAGGCAAUUGUUUUUUGUGCUGCAAGCUGCCUUAAAUGUUGUUUACUUGUGCAAAUUACUGAUUAUCUAAAUAUGGAAUUUGCAUACAUUUGCAGAACAGAAAUCUAAAAAAAAUGAAUAAAGCCAGCUUCAAAGUA